GCAGCAGUGGAAGAGCCGCGGAGCUUCAAGGACCUGGUGAGGCCGGCACGGAUCCGGGCUGCAGGCGGCGCCACGCCCGGCGGAGGUGCCGGGGGUUACAGAUGUCCUAUGUGAAGCUUGUGACCAGUUAGGAUGGAAGAUGCCAACAAAGAUCCAAAUUGAGGCUAUUCCAGUGGCACUUCAAGGCAGAGAUGUCAUUGGACUGGCAGAAACUGGCUCUGGAAAAACAGGAGCCUUUGCUUUGCCAAUCCUUCAAGCACUGCUGGAAACACCUCAGCGAUUAUUUGCUCUUGUCCUUACGCCCACAAGGGAGUUGGCUUUCCAAAUCUCUGAGCAGUUCGAAGCUCUUGGAUCGUCCAUUGGUGUCCACAGUGCGGUUAUUGUGGGUGGAAUUGACACCAUGUCUCAAUCUCUGGCUUUAGCCAAGAAACCUCAUGUUAUAAUUGCAACCCCUGGCCGUCUGGUUGAUCAUCUGGAGAACACAAAGGGCUUCAACUUACGAGCUCUGAAGUUCCUAGUGAUGGAUGAGGCUGACCGGAUCCUUAAUAUGGAUUUUGAGACAGAGGUGGAUAAGAUAUUAAAAGUGAUUCCUCGGGAUAGGAAGACACUACUGUUUUCUGCUACUAUGACAAAGAAGGUUCAAAAACUCCAGCGUGCUGCUCUGAAGAAUCCUGUUAAAUGUGCUGUUUCUUCCAAAUACCAGACGGUUGAAAAACUACAGCAGUACUACAUUUUCAUCCCUUCCAAAUUCAAGGACAGCUACCUGGUUUAUAUCUUGAAUGAACUAGCUGGAAACUCUUUCAUGAUAUUCUGUAGUACAUGUAACAAUACUCAGAGGACUGCUCUACUGCUCCGCAACCUGGGGUUCACUGCCAUUCCUCUCCAUGGGCAGAUGAGUCAGAAUAAACGCUUGGGCUCUCUAAACAAAUUCAAGGCAAAGGCACGUUCUAUUCUACUGGCUACUGAUGUUGCAAGCAGGGGUCUGGACAUCCCACAUGUAGAUGUGGUGAUAAACUUUGAUAUUCCCACGCACUCUAAGGAUUACAUUCAUCGUGUUGGGAGAACAGCUCGAGCUGGGAGAUCAGGCAAAUCUAUCACCUUUGUUACACAGUAUGAUGUAGAGCUGUUUCAGCGCAUUGAACACCUGAUUGGCAAGAAGCUGCCAGCAUUCCCUAUGCAAGAAGAAGAAGUUAUGAUGCUGACAGAGCGUGUGGCUGAGGCUCAGAGAAUUGCUCGAAUGGAGCUGCGGGAGCAGGGAGAGAAGAAGCGAUCUCGGAAUGAUAAUGAUGAUGACACAGAAGAAGCUAUUGGUGUCAGGAGUAAGGUGGCAGGUGGGAAAAAGAAGAAAAGGAAAGCGUUCUAAUUCAGUAUUUGAACAGCCUUCUUGUAUUUUUCUCUUUAUGGCUGCGUGAGCUUGGCAAAAGCAGUCUUCCAAGCCCUCUCCAGGAUAUCUGCUUUCAGAACUAAUAAAACAAGGCAGUCCACCUGGAAAACAACUUCUCUUCUGCUUCAGUAGUUACAGACUGAGCUUGGCCCAUCAUGGUACCAUGGAACCAGUCUUCCUUUCAGAAAAACCAGACAAUUGCUUCUGAACCCAAAAGUAGGACCAGCUGUAGUCUGGCCCUGCUUGUCCACAAAAAGGUGCAGUGUGAGUGCAGCUUUUCCACUGCUGCAGCCUGUCUUCCUAUCCAAACUCAUUGAGUGUAUCUGGGCUCAGGAGAUGGAGAAGUUAAACGAAGCAGCUGAGUUUCCACAAAACAGCUGGUGAUUUUGCCUUACUGAGAGGACAUGUGACUUGUAGAACUCCCAAAUAUAUUUUACUGAAUUUUAAA